CCCUGAAUUAUUUCACCUCGGGGAAGAGAAGGAUUUUUGCAGCCCAAGAACCUCUUGCCCCCAAGUUUUGGAAGGGGGGGUUGAAGACUUGUCACCCAUCUGGGGGUGCACGAAGGGUACUGCUUUUCUUUCUGUGUCAACUUGGUUUUGUGGAGGUUUGGAAGAGAAUUUUGCCUGGGAGAAGAGGAUGAUGUGGAAGUGGCUGGGCGCCCUGCUGCUCUUCCCGGUGCAGAUGGUGUACCUGGUGGUGAAAGCUGCCGUGUGCCUGGUGCUGCCGCCCAAGCUCCGGGACCUGUCCCAGGAGAACGUGCUGGUCACCGGCGGGGGCCGCGGCAUCGGUCGCCACCUGGCCCGGGAGUUCGCCAGGAGAGGAGCCAGGAAGAUCAUCCUGUGGGGUCGGACUGAGAAGUGCCUGAAGGAGACCACGGAGGAGAUCAGGCUGAUGGGCACAGAGUGCCACUACUUCAUCUGUGACGUGGGGAACAGGGAGGAGGUCUAUCGGCAGGCCAAGGCCGUCAGGGAGAAGGUGGGUGACAUCACCAUCCUGGUGAACAAUGCUGCUGUGGUCCAUGGGAAGAGCCUGAUGGACAGCGAUGAUGAUGCACUGCUCAAAUCCCAGCACAUCAACACCCUGGGACAGUUCUGGACCACCAAGGCAUUCCUGCCAAGGAUGCUGGAGCUGCAGAAUGGACACAUUGUCUGCCUGAACUCUGUCCUGGCCUUGUCAGCCAUCCCUGGUGCCAUUGACUAUUGCACCUCCAAAGCCUCCUCCUUUGCCUUUAUGGAGAGCCUGACCCUGGGGCUGCUGGACUGUCCUGGAGUGAAUGCCACAACAGUGCUGCCCUUCCACACCAGCACAGAGAUGUUCCAGGGCAUGAGAAUCAGGUUCCCCAGCCUUUUUCCUCCCCUCAAGCCCGAGACAGUGGCGAGGAGGACGGUAGAAGCUGUUCAGACAAACCAAGCCUUCCUGCUCCUUCCAUGGACAAUGCAUGUUCUUGUCAUCCUAAAAAGCAUUCUCCCCCAGGCAGCACUUGAAGAAAUCCACAAGUUUUCCGGGAGCUACACCUGCAUGAACACUUUCAAAGGAAGAACAUAGAGCUGGUGGCACAGGGACUGUUCCUCAGAGAGCCCCACACGAGCACGGAACCCCUGACAGGACUGGGAAUCAGCAGCCUUGGCUUUUAGCCUGUUCAUGUGACUCGUGCUGCUCCGAGGCAGCGCAUUUCUUGCAGGUCAUAUCCAUAGUAACGUGACCUUUGCACGGGAUCGAGUGGCUGGACUGCGGACCCUUGGAAAGGAAAAAAAAAAACAAAAAAAAACCAAAACGUGUGAAAUGUUUCUAUGAUGUUUAAUUCUUUAGAGUUCAAUUGUUAAAUCUGCUCAUAGUUUUAAGAUGUAAUUUUUGUUUCUGGAGUGUCUGUGGGCUGUCCCCAGUGGAGAGGCAGCACUUCCCAUCCCAAACACACUUUGUCCCCUCUCUUCAGAGGAAGUGCCACUGGUUUCAUUUCUGCUUUUUGAAAGGGGAACUGAAAAAGUACUUUGAGGAACUAAAAGUUAUGGACAUUUAAUGGAAGUUUCUCUCCCUUCCUUUGCUUUCCAUCCCUUCCUUCACUUUCCAUUCCAUGAUGAAGCUGUUCCCAGCAUACACUGGGCAAGGAGCAAACCUUGGAGCAGUGUUUUCUUUGCUAAAGGCCACCCAGGACUUCUGUCUGGAGGGACUGAGCUGGGCCCAAAAAAAGCUGUUGUACUUCACCUGUGGAGGCUGGACAGGAAGGCUCAGGCAGCAGAGCAGUUCAAAUAGUGGAAGAUUCUUUCUGUCACUGAACUCAUAUAUGAAAUUUGUCGUUCUGAAUUUUUUUGUUCAUUUGUGAUCGACUAUAAAUACAUUUUUAGCAUUAAUCUCAGGUUGCCACACAUGUAGGCAGCAGCACAUGGGGAUGAACUAAAUCUAGAACUAAAACUAGAGCCUGCUUGUACAAACACACAUUCACUGACAUAAUCCAUGCAGAGGAAAACCCAUUGUAUCAGUCUGCACAGUGAGGUGGAAUAACGCUCUAAAAAUAGAAGAGACUGUACUGUAGAGCUCAUGAAAGUGAAGUUUGGAAGCACAGUUAGCAAAGACCUGAUUAAAUGCACGUUGAAUUCAACUGGGAAUUUACCCAUUGUGUUUUAGGGGCAUUGAAAUAGGCACUGAUCAGCCAAAAGUGAUAAAUAUGCUUGGACUGAGAUGCCAGAGCAGCCAGACACUAUUUAUUUUUGUAAUGAUAUAUUCUCUGUGACAGCCUCGGAAGGGCAACAUUCCUGUGCCAGAUGCAGCACUAGGCAUAGGAACCUGGUGAGAACAUACUGGAACACUGCUAACAGAGGAAUUAAUGGAAUUGCAAUGCAGGGAAAUAGCAAGCCUAACUGGAGACACCUGAAUGAAGUGCCUCAAGGAAGGACAUGUGAUUAAAGGAGUGAAUUUAGGGCUCCUGACUCGAAUUUCGAGCUUUUCCAUAGAUGUCCUGUGUGACCUGAGGCGAAAUGCAUCAUCUGAAGGAGCACCCUGACCUGCAAAGCAGAUAUUUCUAGUGUUUCCCUACCUCAAAAGUUGAAAGUUUGGCUACCUAAAUGUCUGUCAAAAGCUCAGCAAAUUCAAAUGCAACAUGCUACAGAAAGGAAAAGCAGUAUUUGUUCACGAACCAAGAGGUUCUAUAUGAAAAUUUAGACAAGGAAAAAAACCAUAUGCCAAAAUAUAUAAUUUCCUAAAAGAGAUCUGAGUUACAGCAGAAAAGCUGUGAGCUGUAUUUGAAAUAUUCCUUUGGUCCUGCCAUGUAGAAUGGAGACUGCUGAGGUGCCAAGGUGGGAAUGUUGAAAUCAGAAGGUCUGACCUCGCUGCAGACCAGCAGAUUUCUCUCUCCUGGAGCAGUUCUAGAGGAAGAUGCUGCCAGAAGUGCCACUGGUGCAGGUCCCUCUGCCUGGGUCAGUGCAGAGCUGUAGCACUGUGCCAGCUCUGACCAGGUUUCUUACAUUGCAGUUUUCUUUGGAAUUCCUGGAUGUCUGAGGCUCUCUGGAGAGGAUGAAAAGAAGCUUUGUGGUUUUGAGGCCCACCUCAAUAGUUGCUUUCAGCUUUAUUUUUGUGAGUUUUUUGAGAAGGAACUCUAUUCAUUGAAAACACAAGUGCCAUGAGGGGAGAACCCUUCCGGGAUCUAAAGGUCCCAGAUUUAUCCAGAGAGGCUUGGGAGGGGAGGGGAUGAUGAUUCCAACCUCCCCUGGUGCACUCUGAUCCUUUCCAGUUCCUCAGUAAUCCCGGUCAGGUGUUCCAGGCUUGUGGCUGUAAGAGCAAAUAGCCCUGGUGAAAGAGCAGUGCCCCCCUGAAAUGAAACCUCUCUGCUGAGAUUCUGCUCAUUGGUAAAUUUCUAAUGCAAAAGUGAGGUAAAAACACACAUUGAAAUCCCCGUUCACCCCCAAAUCCUGUCCCUUGGAUGGAUCUGCUCUUUCCCUGCACCACACAAAAGAUGUUCCCAAUCUUUGGGGUCCGUCUGACACACUCAGUGCUGUUGAUUUCUUUCUAAUGAACAUAAACAAGUCAGAAGGGAGCUGAGACUCAUCAUCUUGCUCCUCUCAUCCUCACACACACAAACUUCCCUCUCUCUCUCCCCUCAGGGUCCCGGAGCGGCCAGCGGGUCAAAUAGCAGUCACAGUGGGGGGAGAGGUAUGCAGCAAACAGGGAAUAAUGAGGAAAACAUUGACUUUGCUUUUCAGAUAGUCAGGAAGAGCUGGGGAAGAAAGUUCCUUCCCUUGGGAGCGUUGCGAGGUAGGAAGCUCUCGCUGGCAAACAGGGAUGGAUGCACUGGAAGAGGUUUUUUUUAAUAGAAAGGCUCCUCUGGAAUGCCUGCUGGGCUCUGCUGUCCCUUCCACAUAAGGUUAGUGUUGGGUAAUCCCAAAGUGCUGCAAAUGUGGACAAGCUUUGUUGAAGCCUAAGGCCUUCUCAAAGGAAUUUCCGCCCUUUGACUUAUUUUAAUUUUGGUUUUCCCCUCUCCCUGCACUGCCUCCUGCUCUCCUCUGCACAGUUAUUUUCUUCCCUUCUGUUUUCCUCUGUCAUUGCUGCACUUUUCCAUGCCACCAUCUUGAGGCCAGAUGUCAUCCAAGAGUCUGGAGUAAAUCGGGAUCGGGGUGCACGUUUAUUAUCUGGGUGAAGCUGUAGGAGAAGGUCACAGCAGUUUCAUAGGAAAUUAGUUUGACUUGCUCCAAACUAUGAAGAAAUAAAAGGGUCCUUCCUAUCGCCUUUGUACAGCAGAUUGCUGCUGGUUUAAUAUUUGAAUGCUAGAGAAAUGUGAGCUGUUUUGGGACAUGUUCCCCUGACAUAAAAAGGCCCUAUUUAAAUGGGAGGAUUUUUCAGUUCCAGGUGGUUUCAGAGGGUGGUGUUUAUACAAAGUAAUUUUCAGAAUUAGCAAGGCAGGGCAGGGAGAGGAGGAGUCCUUUGUGAGGGAAUCCGAUCCCUCCUGUUCAAUAUUUCAUGUGGUGGUUUUUGAUGAGAAAAAAAAUGCAGCCUCAUGCACCACUGGUGAACUUUAAAAAGGUCCUUCCAGCCAUAUUCCUGCUGAUGGCAUGUUUUUAGCAGGAUGAUAAAAAGGAGUGAGCCCUGAAAGUGGGAACUUCACCCUACCCACUCAUCCAUUGUUCUGUCGAGGUUAAAAAGCAACAGAGUCCAUCCCUCUAGUUCUUCUAGAACUGCACAGAAAGUGCCUGGGCAAGUGAUUCUGAUGUUUGCAAAGAGAAACUUGUUGUACUUUUAUGUAAUGUGUUAAUUAGUGUGGGUGGGUAUGAUCAGAUCUAGUCUUGCAAGCCUUUCCGACAACUCCCUGAACACUCCCACCUUCAGAUAUUAACAGAUAGCACUGCACUUGCCAAGGCUCAUAAAAACCCAGUAACAGACUUAAUGCAGGCAGAGCAGAAGUGGGUGCAUUUAUUUCAAAGAGAACACAUGUGCCUGUAGCAGACAUUAACGUGGCCUGGUGCUUUCCUCGAGCUGAAAUGCAACUGUUGAGGGAAGAGCACAGGGUGACCUUGGAUCCUCUCCUUUGGUUUUAUUUCUUCACGUGGCUUUAAUAAACUUAAUCUGGGCAACAGC